CCUUCUCGUCGUUUCCUGCGAAUAGGUAAAAGAGUCAUUCACUGACACUCCCUUCAACCCUUUUUCCUGCUGAAAACUUUUUAGUUUUUUUUAAAGCUUUUAAUCAUGGAGUGGCCAAGCAAGAAUAUUCCACAGGGUGGAAUUUUACACCCGGCCAAAGCGAGUUACAGCCCGGAAACUCACCAGUUUUUAAAGGUAUUAAUGGACGAAUCAAAACUUUCAAUGAUGCAAAGAAAGCAGAUUAAUUACAUUCUUAGGAACGGUGAGCCCUUACCAGUUCCAGGCGCAAGACCCAAAAAAAAUACUAAAAUACCUAAAGUUACCAUUCGUCCUGGUUCAUCCAGAAGACGUUCCAAAGAGGAUAUUGUGAAUUCUGGAGCUUAUGAAAGGGAAACUUAUAGGUCAAAUGUUCCACUUAUGGAUAGAGAGCGAGAAAAAGAUAAAUUGGCGAAUAAAAUGGCUUACAAUGAUGAUGUCAAAGUGUCGAAAUCGCGGAUUCUUAAGAAAGUGGAGAAGGAAGAAGUGGCUUUGGAGCCUAAUCGUUUUGAUCAGCUUGUUGAAGAAAUAAGGGAAAGAGAAGAAUGGAUAAAAGAAAUGGAAAAAUUAGGGCAAGCAGACAAAUACAGGCUUAUCAUAGAACAACAGAUACAAGAUAAAGUGAGGGAGAUGCAAAGAUUACAAAUUUCCCAGGAUCUUUAAUGCAAUAUAAAUUGAAUAUAUUAUUAAAUUAUGUUGUCCUUCUAUUACGAGUACAUGCGUAUACCAAGCACUUAUUAAAAAGACAUCAAUUGGCGUUUUUAUCUAUAUGCCAUCAUUUAUCAUGUCUAUUAUAUAAUAUUAUUUUAUUAUAUGAAUAUGUACCAAUAAAUCUAAAAAUUCAUUA